GUGGGCCACACCCCCUCAGCCUGGCCUCAUAAAGCACUGUCGCUCCUGCCGCAGUCCCAGGAGGAAGGUGGCUCAGACCCAGUGGCACCAUGACGGAGCUCGAGACAGCCAUGGGCAUGAUCAUCGACGUCUUUGCCCGGUACGCGGGCGGUGAGGGUGACCCCCAGAGCCUGACCAAGGGUGAGCUGAAGGUGCUGAUGGAGAAGGAGCUCCCGGGCUUCCUGCAGAGCGGGAAGGACAGGGAUGCCGUGGACAAACUGCUCAGGGACCUGGACGCCAACGGAGACGCCGAGGUGGACUUCAGCGAGUUCGUCGUGUUCGUGGCUGCGCUUACAUCCGCCUGCCACAAGUACUUCGUGCAGGCUGCGCCGAAAUGAUGCCCACGGGCAGGGGGAAGCAGGUGGUGGGCAUGGUGGCCCGCUCUCAGGCAUACCUGCUGCUGUGCCUCUGAGCAGCACAUGUGGGGGGCACAGGCCAGUUCCCUGCAACACCCAGAAACUUCCAUGUCCUCCUCUGCGCAUGCAUACACACAGAGAUGUAAUUACGAAAUAAACCGUCACAAUCUUUAAGAAUGUGCCUCAGUUAGUGUCAG